CAUGUCUUGGAUUGGAUCCAUUCAAUAUACUAUCAUAUAUGCCAUUAGGUAAUGAACAAAGAUAAUGGGAUUACUGUUUUUCUUUUUUUUCAGUUGUUGGAGAAAACAGUAAAGAAAGUGUGAUUGAAUGUCAAGUGAACCAUGUGUUCCUUCAGCAAGCAAAUGGGAAUUAUACUAAUUUGCUAUGGAAGAAGGAUAGCCAAAUGUUGGCGAAGUUUAGAAAUGGAAAUCUUACGACUUAUUUAGAUCUUGAAAACAGAGCAGAAUUAUUUCCCAACGGGACCCUCAAGCUGGCCUUGAUUAAUAAAAAUGACACUGGACAUUACCUGCUGGAGGUGUUUAAUAAGGAAGGGAACAAUAUACUCAGAGAAAGUAUCCAUCUGCACACACAAGAUCUUAUCUGUACUGUUGCUGUUGAGAAAAGGAGUCGCAGGAGUCGCUCAGCAGGUCGAGUAACAACAGUGGUAUGUAUUGCUGGAACUUUCCUGAUAAGCAUUUUAAUGCUUAUAUUAAAAGAACUAACAACCAUAAACCAAGCAAAAGGGCAAUAUGUGGUAAGGAAUAAUACAAGAAGGGAAGAAAUGAAGCGCUAUACCGAGGAGCAGAGUCCCCCGUUCACCAAGGCCACAGAACUUGAAGGCAAGUAGCGCCAAGUCAGGAAGAGAGUUGUUUAUUUCAUAAGCCAGAGAAGGAUCUGUAUUAAAAGAAGAUAGGAAACAAAGUUCCCGAGUCAAUUAGAGAGCCAGUGU